AUGGGAUUUUUGAGUGGUGUGCUUGAGGGGGUGAAAAACACUCAGACAUACAAUGUGGGUAAAAAUACAUUAAAUUCGGUAAGUAGCGUAAUUAACAAACAUCUUUGCUCAGGGCACGAUGGUUUCACUAAGCUUCUUCCCCGUCUGACUAGGGAGGUCGAGAAGUACAACAAAGAAGUGAGAGAGUCCAAUAAAGCAGUGUCAGAGCCCAUUAAUGAGUUAAUUAAAUACGUCAAAGAUCGAGGUGAGUUGCUUGGUAGUAUUAAUAAGUAUCAGGUGACGGACAACAUUGAGCAAGACGUACUUGACGCGGCGGAGAAGACCAUGGCAGAGAAAUUGAAGGAGUGUCAGAAAAAAGCAGAAACGUUCAACUCAGUGUUUAAUCUUAGUACACAAACAGAUAUGAAAAAUGCUAUUAGUUAUCUUAAUUCCACAUUAAGUGAACGUGUACGUGUAGCGUUGAGGGCGGUGAGCCAUGAGACGGAGAGGCUUAAGACCAUGUCAGGUAAGGAACGUAAGGACCUUGAUGGUCUGCAGGCGAAGAUACAGAGCGCACUGAGUGCACUUGGAAAUUGCGUCAACGAUAAAAUACAGAAAGAUAUUGAGAACCUGGUGAAGCAGCUCAAGGAAGGAGUCAACACUAUUUUGAAGCACCUGAAAGAUAUCGAUGGCCGGCUAAGGCAGUACGUGCAGAAAUUGGAAGAGUGGAUGGAGAGCGCCAAAAAAGAGAUCGAUAGAAUAAGGAACGAGGAUGUUAAGAAGAUACUUGACGAGACGACUGACGGAGUGACGGGCACGAAGUACCUAAUUGAGAAAGAUGCGGAGAAGCUGAUAAGGUGGAAGGAGAGUCUCAGUGAUGAGAUACAACGUGUGAAAAAAAAGCUUGUGGAGUUGGUGCAGCAAGCGCUUAAGGAGGUAGCAACAAUGAACAGGGCGGUUCAGAUGGACUUAUAUUUGGUGAGUGUCGCCAUAAAUGAUGAAAUAAGGAAAUAUGUUAGCCAGUACGUUAAGAAGAUUCAAGCGCAGAUUCUGCAGAUCACAGAUCAAAGAAAUGGCCUCCAAGGGGUUGAAACCAAAAUAGUGAAGGAGUACGCUGAAAGGUUCAAGGAAGGUUCGCAAGGGUUUCAAGCCAUAGUAAAGGAGUGGAUUGAUGGAAUUUUCAAGAAUAAUGGAUUGGUUAAACAGUCACUUGCAGAGUAUAUCAGAAUGAGUAAAAAAGGAGGCUACACAUUAAAACAGGAAUAUGUCGAUGUUAAUGCUGCAACACUUACGCAGGAUAAAUCUCUCAGAAUUGCCACAGCAAUAAAGGAUGCGCUUGAUAUAUCAAUAGAAAACGCCCAAAUUGAUGGUGACAAAAAGAACAAUGUAGAAGGGAAUAUCGGAGCUGUGCACGAUUGCAUCAUACAAUUUGUAGUGCAGCUUAAUGAUAAAAUUACACAAGGGAAACAAGAUUCUGGAGAUACGAACAAGUUGGUGUCCAGCCUAGUCGAUGCUUUCGAGCGAACUGUGUCGCAAAAUGGUGACACGCAUUCCACAGCCAGAAGCUAUCUCAUACCUGCAAUGGCCGCCGUGCUAUCGGCGCUAUACUCCAAAGCUAACCAGGCAGCGGAGGAACUACAGUCAUUCACCGGGGACGGCGAAGGAGGGGACAACAUCGGCAAAAAUCUCGACACGGCGCUCGAUGUGGCACUCAAGCUGAAUGCCGGAUUAACUACGGCACUCACCGAAUCUGGCCAGCACGGUUACAACACCGCCAAACCUUAUCCUGGUCUAGGCCCAAUUGAGCUAGACGCCAAUAUUGCAAUGACGAUUAAUAGGGAACUUGAGGAACUGUUGCCACAAGCGAAAGGAAGCGAUGGAAGGGAGGAUGCAAAAAUUGAUCUAGAGAAAGUCAGAAAUUUUAUCAAUUACCCUACAUAUGUCAAACAACCAAAAACGUCCACCGAAAAUCCAUCUGAAGGCCAACUCCCAGAGUCAAUCGGCGCCAUUAAAGAAGAAGCUGCCGGCAUCUACAUUACUCACAUAACAGACGGUCUGACGACCCUGUCCUCUGACCUCACGAAACACCUUGGAGUUAUCAUGGAUGCGAUAACUACUACCACCGAUAGAGUGAAAUCUAAAUUAGACGAUUUCAAGAACAAAAAAAUCGGUAACGCCGCCCAUAGCAAACCAGCACAGAAAGAUACUCUCCAAGAACUGCAUUGUAAAUUUCUCGAGCUUCACAAAUAUUUCGAGAAAAAUGCCCUUAAAACCGCUGAAGCAUUCGCUGCGUACGCCGACAGAUCCGGCAAAAACAUCAUCGAUCCCCUUAAGCAACACGUCAACAAUGAGGUCAAAAAGGCUCAAGAUAGUAUCAUUGCCGAAGCCAAGAAAAACUACAUCUCCUCCAUUCAGUCGCUGCUCCAGCGAUUUGCGUCCAAGGUUCACAGCGAGCUGGAAACGUUGCCCAAAUCCAUUGAAGACGAUUUGACCCUUGGCUUCAAGGGCUUCAUGGUGAAGUUCGAGCAACAUUUUGUUGACACUGUUAAACAUAUUCAAAACAUAUCGUCGAAAUCCGCUGUACAAACCACAGAGAAGGGAAGGAAAAUUUACCCAUUCAGCCAAGCUGUACUAAAGCUUAGGACCGCCUUCAGUUCAUUAAUGAGCCAUUUGGAAUCUCAAGAAGAUUUCACGUCUGACUUCGAGCGGGUUAAAAUGGCAAAUAGCGUACUGGUAAAUCUACUCAACAAACUUGCGACGUCUCAGCAUUAUGACCACACGUUUAGUAAUGACCUCGAUGAAUUGAAGAAGGUGAUCGAGGGGUUUAAGCCUUCGACGUACGGCGAAGCGAAAUGCCCACUGCUGCUCAAUACUCUGAAGAACGGUUUCACGACUUUGGUCAGUGAACUCGACAAGGCGUACAUCUCCGCGUACGACAGUGAGACGUUUUCCGAUGAUUUGGUUAAGGAGGACAACACUUUGACUAAAUAUGGCAAGUAUUACGCCAAAGUGUUUCUUACCGCAUUGCGGACUCUCGACGUAUCGUUGUAUGGGUUGAAGCAUGAGUGCAAGAGUCUGACGGGACAAAAAAUCAAUUCAUCCACCGAUCUCGGAAGAUUGUUCGUGCGCCUCGGCUUUAAGGUUGCGGAAGAAAAUAGAGAACACUGGGAGCUGCAAAACAGAACAGUCAUAAGCGGCCAGUACGUUGCCAACAGACUCACUUGGAGAGUCAGCGGCGCCAAUGACAACCAACACCUUAAAAUUUGUGAAUCAAAAAAACGCGAUGAUGAUUACUUAAAUGUGUUUGAUAUCCUUAGAUGCCUAGUAACUCACGCCAAGCAGUACUUCGAAGUGUGCCACCAAGCACUCCGGCCCAAAUCACGUCUGCCGUGUAAUGUUAACGAAAUGCUUGUAUGGUUCACCGGCCUCCCACAUCACCCCGUUUACGAGGAGUUGAUACAGAACGGACUCAGUGCGCCGUUUGAGAAUCCAUCUAAGCAGAGAGUCGUGGACGACGACGGCCUUGAGCUGACGUUAACAGACACGCGGGUGGAAUCCAUGACAGCGCAUCCAAGCAACAUUACGUACAACAGCGUGAACACAGCGUUGCAACAUCUGUGUACGAAAUCUCGCGAUCUGCUCACCACCGUCAUGGGCCACGGCAACGCCGAGACAGUGUACGCCGUCGACUUCCACACAAACACCUUCAACCUCAAAUAUCCCACUUCCGGUGAGGAAUGUCUGCAAACCAUUCUCGACAUUCUGCGUCGUAUGUUGCCGCCACUGAGAUACCUGUAUUACCAAUGCAGUCUAGGCACAAACCACGGUGGAUGGGCGCAAUGCCUAUACGGCAGAGAUAUCAAGACGAGCAAAUGGCCAUGCAAAAAUCACUCAACAGAGCAACCAAAAUGCCAUCCAACCGACGAAGUAACGUGCCAACCAAAUUGCCAGCCAACGUCUCCAUUAAUGUCAUAUCUGGGUGACUGCUUAAUUGGUCAUUUGCCGCACAAGCUGACUUCCAUCGGCUGCCGGUCCGUAUGCUCAACGUGUCCAUCUGUCGCUAAACUCGGAAUGCCAUGCGUCACUCCCCUCGGUUUCAGGGCGUUUUCUGGGUCGACCAAAACUGGUAGAGAUAUAUAUGAGAUUUUGAGGCUGCUUUUUGGUAGCGGUCUAGUCUCGUCCCUUCUGUGCCUUGCACCCAUCCCGCCGAGCACGCUGCCUGAGCACUUCCAGUUUGCGUUGGCGUUGACUCAUGUAUUGCAUAAUACGAAAAAUGCAACUGCACAGGCUGUCACGACAGCUUUCAACACAUCAACCAACGAGGUGUCCAUUGAUCUAUAUAAAGAGCCAACCAAACUUACAGGUGCGCUUAGUGCCGCUUAUGGCAACAGUCAGAGUAGUCACAAUGCAAGUAAUCAUAUUCCCAAAUCGGCUGAUAUGUCGAGCCUCGCGAUGAGUCAGUCAUGUAUGCUUGCAAUCGAAGAUAACGUCCACUGCGGACCCUACCUGCAGACCCUAUUCUGCGACACGUACUACUACAUCGCAGCUAAACAUACCAACGUGUAUCUCUCAUGGGCCGUGUAUUUACCGUGGACGCUGUAUGGCUAUUUGAAAUCAUUAUUUGAUUCGUAUUGCAGUAUCUCUUGUCAAGAUUGGGGGUGCAGCAGAUGUGUCGACGGCAUUUCUUGUAGACCGGGCAAACACGGCGAUGGAUACAGCUGUAGGUGCCGAUCGCUAGUGGGAUGCCGCGGUGUGCUGAGCACUUUAUACGGAUACGGCUUUACAUUUGGCGACGCCAAAAAAUUGCUGUCUGAUGAUCAAAGAAGAUACUGCCGUAACCUCUAUUCGCAAUUGCAAAACGUUCUAAAAUCGCAGCACUUCACCAAAUUAUUUGCGGAAUGUGACAACUUCAUUUGGACCAUCAGACAACCGUUCACCUACUUGGUUCUCGCACUCUGGUCACUCUCCCUCUUCUACCUCAUCUGCGUAAUGGUUGGCAGACUGGAUGUGCUCCACAUACGCUCACACCUGAGAUCACCAUCAUCGCACAGGAUAACGGCGCAAUCAUUGUUGGCUGCAGCGCAAGUCGGAAGGCUUGCCAAGAUAUCGUAUCUACAACCGUAA